CUUCCUGUGCGCCGGAGCCUCGCGCCACUCGGCGGAAUGGCUGCGUUCCUGCGAGCUCGUAAAUAUGUUCGUUGCGUUAUGCGUUUCUCCGACCGUGAACUGUAAGCCCCGGUGUUGAACGCUCGUGAGGAAUAUAUUAAAAAGAGGACGCCUACUAGCCCAGCUGUCAUGGCUGAAGAAAAAAACGAUAUUGGAGGAACACUUGAGGGUGAAGAUGAAGGUGCAGAUGACCCAAACCUGCAGGUGGAGCUCAACGUGUUCAGAGCACAGUGGAUGUCGGAGCUCACGCUGAGCUCCGGAGCGAGCGAUUCGAGUGGCCGACUUCUGCGAGCUAAAGGUCUGAAGAGGACACAGGACGUUGCCCGGGAGGAGAAGGCCACCGAGCUGUUCUUAAGAGCAGUUCAGGAAGAGCAGAAUGGGGCCGUCUACGAGGCAAUCAAGUUCUAUCGCAUGGCUAUGCAGCUGGUGCCUGACAUUGAGUUUAAAAUCAACUACAGCCGUCCUCCUGAUGCAGACCGGAGUGGAGGAAGCUACAUGGACAACAAUGUGGACGGUGAAAUCGAGGAUCUACUUUCCUACUUUGAGCAGGAGCUCACUCUGGAAAGCUCAUUUCCAAAGAUCUGUACUCCUGAGAUGGAUUUGACUCCGAUGCACAUUUCAGCCUUGCCACGUGAAAUUCUGAUGUACAUCUUCCGUUGGGUCGUGUCGAGUGAUCUGGACAUGCGAGCCUUGGAGCAGCUCUCUCUGGUCUGCCGUGGGUUUUACAUCUGUUCAAGGGACCCGGAGAUUUGGCAUUUGGCCUGUUCGAGAGUUUGGGGACGGAAGUGUACCAAACUCGUGCCCUUUAAAUCCUGGAGGGAGAUGUUUCUGCAAAGGCCUCGAGUUCGUUUCGAUGGUGUUUAUAUCAGCAAGACAUCAUACAUCCGUCAAGGAGAGGAAUCGCUGGAUGGAUUUUACAGAGCGUGGCAUCACGUUGAGUACUACAGGUACCUCCGGUUCUUCCCCGAUGGUCACGUCGUCAUGGUGACCACCCCCGAAGACCCUCUGUUAGUUGUUCCUCGCUUGCGUACUAAGAACAUCAGAAUGGAUUCUGUUCUGCUCGGACAUUUCCGUCUGUCACAGGAGACGGACAAUCAAACCAAAGUUUUUGCUGUUGUUUGUAAGAAAAAGGAGAAAGCGACCGAGUUUCAAAGGAAUCGGUUCUGCAGGCGGAACCCGCCUCCAGAGGCAGAGCACAGCUUCCACGUGGGACUGCAUCUGUGCUCGGGGGGGCGCCAGAGUUUUAGUAAGCUGGUGUGGAUCCACCACUCCUGCCACAUCACUUACAAGCUGACCGGGGAGACGGUCAUCACGGCGUUUGACCUGGACAGCAUGUACACCCCCUUCUUCUUCGCGCGUGUGAAGAGCUACACUGCUUUUUCUGAUCAGCCGCUUUAAGCUGAUUCCACAACAUGCAUUUGAUCCCAUUAAAGACCACAGACACGGUUCCUCCUCCAUCGAAAGAAAAGUCAUACUCUGCUUGUUUAGUUUGUGUUGCUGCAGCAUUACAGUCUCGACAUAUGAAUCCUCUGGUUUCCUACAUGCAGGUACUUUAUGUUUCAGGUUUACAUGAUAGAAUACUACUUAUGUUCUGAUUUCAGAAAUGGUGAUAACCUUCUGGGAGCUAAAGGAAUUAGCAACCUUUCCCACCCGCCCCAAGCAAGGAAUGUUCAUAUGGUGUUUGUUUCACGGCGCACUUUCUCCCUCAAAUAAACAGUGGUGAAUAAAAUGA